AUGGAGAUCGAGGAGGAACAGUCUCCUCCCCAGCAGCAGCAGCGGCGCCCCGGAAUGGCAGCGGCGAUGGCGGCGUGGCUGGUGGAGGCGCGUGAUGGGUCGUUGAGUCUGAGCGAGGACGCGUUGGCGUUCGCCAUUGCGGAGUGGCGGAUGAGCGGCGCGACGAAAUCGGCGCGCAUCCACCUUGUGCACGUCCUCACGCACAUCUCCGUCGAUCGCGACAUGAUGCGGCUGCCCAUCAGCGAGGUCAGCCCGAUGACGGCGGACACGCACGAGAAGAACAUGCGCGCGAUGCUGCUCGACCCGCUCGUCAAGUUCGCGCUAAAAAACGAGGCGGAGGUGGACAUCAUUGUCGUGCGCAACGACGACCGCAAGGCGGGGAUGCUGGAGAUCGCCAAGCAGCUCUCGCCGCACCGCGUUUUCGUCUCCGCCAAGCCCAGCAUGUUCGGAAAGCGGUCCGCCAUAGCGAUCAUCGAAGCCUUAUCCGGGCCGUUUUUCGCGGCGCACCUCCCGGACAACGCGCGGCUCGUCGCGCUGCAGGGCAAGAAGGUCCUCAAAGACAUCACCAUCGGCAGCCCCGGAUCCUGCGCCGCGUCUCCCGUCGUGGAACUGGCGCGCGGGAAUGCUGCUGGCCGGGACGCGCACUAUCUCACCGCGCCCCAAACCCCCCCGCGGGGGUUCCUCUCCCCCGCAGGCUCGCGCAAGUUCUCCCCCCCGGCGGAGCGCGAACCGCGCGCCAACUCCACCUCUCCGCCCGGAGCGUCCUCUGCAUCCCCCCCCGCCAAUGGCGCUGCUGCUGCCACGUCAUCGUCGUCCGGAUCGGGCAAGCUGAGCGCCAAGCUGACGUCAUUUUGGCGCACGAGCUCGCAAGACUUGUCCGGUUCCCAGUCCGGCCCGCAGAGGAGCGAGUCCUUGGGAUCUCCGCCCCGCAGUUUAAAGUCCGCGUCGCCCGCGGACAGCAACAGGAGCUUCAAGCAGCAGUCGCAGCCGCGCCCGCCGUCGCCGGGUUACUUCGAGGCGUCGCACAGCAGCAAGUGGGGAGAGAAAGCGUCGCAGGGCGGCAAGAAAGCGCCGACGAAGCCGGGAAUCGUGGUGGACGGGCGCGGGGGCGCGGAGGCGCACGGACAGGGGGGCGCGGACGCGGACGGGCUGGAGGUGACUCUAGUGGAGGGGGAGACUCCGCGGUCGCGCGGGGGUGUACGGGGCGGAGCCUCGAUGCCCUUCCGCCGAUGCUCGGAGGACGGCAAGGCGGCGGACGCGGGGCACGCGGAUACAUUCGACGGUCCGUUCGACGGACGCAGCAGCACCACCGGUAGUCUCGUCGCCGCGCGACCGCCGCACAGGAACGCGCUCCCCUCUCUUCCCUCGAUUUCAUCGCAGCCCGGCUGUCUGCAUCUGGACGCUGGCACUGUCGCGGGAGCCACGGGGAAUUUCAGCGACCGCCUCUGCCUCAUGCCACGUCACCCGCUCGUCCGCGCUUAUAACGGGUACAUGGGCGGGAUCCAGAUCGUCGCCGCGCAGAUGAACGGCCCGGAUUGGCUUUCGGGGACGGCAGAUCCUGAGGGGGGGAAAAACACAAACCUUGGGAACUCCAAAAACGGCUCUGCUCCGUCUCCCUUUGAGUCUGCCGCGCAGCGGUUCAUAGCGCCGCUAGAGCACGCACACAUCUGCCCUCUGCUCGGCUGCUCCCCGUCGCUCCGCUGCCUCGUCUACCCGCGCCCACCUGGCUGCACCUCAUUGGCCACGCGGCUCGCCUGCUGCGGCGCUGGCGGCGGCGGUGGCGGCGGUGCUAUGAGUCGAACGAGCAGCAGCGGGAGUUUGGUGCAUAGGAGCAGCAGCGCAGGGAGUUUCAAUAGUCCCGACAGUAGCACCAGUGAGAAGUAUGUGGAGGGUAGUGUGGGGAACGGCUCAGUUGCCAGCAGGAGUCUGGGCGGCAGCGGGUCUCUUAGGCCGCUGAGCUGGCAGACGCGGCUGAAAAUCGUGACUCAGACGUGCCGUGCGCUGACGUGGCUGCACCAGCAGUCGCCACCUGUCUCGGCGGGAUGCCUGGGAGUGGAGACUGUGCUGUUGACUCGUGAUGACUCGUGCAAGCUGCUGCUGGCGGGUGUGGCGGCGCUUGCUGUAAACCCGGGGAAAAUGGCUGAGAAGUUGAAUAGAGAGAUGGGUAUGGAGGGAUUUGAGUGUUUGGCAGAGGAUGGCGGAGAGAGGAAGGGAAGGGAGGGGCAUGGAGUGGGUUGGUUUGAGGGUAUGAAAGAGAGUGGGAAGGGACAGAGUGUGGGAGCCGAGGCAGGGGAUGUGUUUGCUUUUGGGUUGCUAAUACUGCAUCUGCUUACAGGGUGGGUGGACGGUGGGGCAGUUCGGCAGCUUCUGGCUGCUUGCUGGGCAGCGGCGGACAUCCACCGGGCGGUAGGGGUUGUGGCGCGGUCGGCACGCCAGUCGUGUCAGAUGCAGCCGUGCUGUGAUUGGCCGGAGGAGGUGUUGUACUCUCUAGCAAUGGUUGCACUGGAGUGUGCAGAGGAAUGUGAGGAGUGGAGACCGAUACCACCUACCCCAGUCGUAGCCGCGGCGCGGCAGGUGCAGGUGUCUUCUAAGUCGCGUCGCACAGCGGCGCGGGUGGAUCCGGGCCGGGAGGACCCGGGCCGGUGGGACCUAUCACCCGAGUGGUGGGGCACGCAGGGCGGCGGGUGGGGCAGGGGGGCGGGCGACGAGGUGUUUUCUCAGCCGUCGGAUUGGGGGAACGGCACCGUUUCUGUCACAUCUCACCCCGCGUCUGACGAGGCAAGCUGGCACCGGCCCGGAAGAAUGGGGAGACGAAGGGGAAGCAGUGUGCGUGCUGGGGCACGAGUGGCGGGUGUUGAGGAUGAGGAGGAAUGGGGGGAAGAAGAAGAAGGGGGAGCAGUGCGCGUGGUGGGGCACGAGUGGCGCGUGUUGAGAUUCAACGAGAGCACGAGGCAGAGCGCGGCUGUUUCAUCCACUUCCGCCCCCUGCCCUCUCUCCAUCUGCAGGACACAGAGGGAUGGGCGGAAGAAGAAUGGGGAGCAGUGCGCGUGGUGGGGCACGAGUGGCGGAACGCGGAGGAAUGGGGGGAGGAAGAAGAAGGGGGAGCUGUGCGCGUGGUGGGGCACGAGUGGCGCGUACCUCAAGUCCAUAGCAGUUUUGAGACGUCUCAAAAGCAGCAGCGGCCCUCACCAGUUGCCACCUGUACCACCCGCCUCUCCCUGCCUCGUCCUCAGCUUCCCAUUCCCAGCCUCCUUGCUUCUCCUCCUCUCUCCUUGUGAUCUUGCCUCCCACCCUCCCCGCCCACAUGGUGCAGACCUCAAGUGCAUAGCAGCAGCGGGCGGACCUCACCAGCACUUCUCUUGUCCCCUCCCCCAUUCCCCCCUCUCUCCAGCACUUCUCUUGUCCCCUCCCCCCAUUCCCCCCUCUCUCCAUCACUUCUCUUGUCCCCUCCCCCCAUUCCCCCCCCUCCUCCUUGCCCACAUGGUGCAGACCUCAAGUGCAUGGCAGCAGCGGCCCUCACCAGCACGUCCCCAACUUCUUUGCACUCCUCCUCUGUUCUGGUUCCCUAUCCCCUAUUUGAGGCGCCUCAAAAGUCCUCUUCCCUGGUUCCAUACCCCCCUUCUCUCCCCCAUUGCUCUUGCCUCCCACCCUCUCUUUGCCCAUAUGGCGCAGACCUCAAACCUCAAGUCCAUGGCAGCAGCGGCCCUCACCAGUUGCCACCUGCACCACCCGCCCUCCUCUGCUUCCCAUUCUCCACGCAUUCUCUGCCUGGGGCUAGGAGGGGGCAGUCUGCCUCUCUUCCUUGCUCACGCUUUACCCUCCGCCCGCAUAGACACAAUGGAGAUCAACCCAGCAGUCGUCUCGUCGCAGCAGCAGCAGCCACAGCCUUACCAUCGUAUCCCCCCCAAGGGUCUUCGCUCAUACCACAGCCAAGUCCUCCCCCACAUUUCCCCAACUUCCCUCGCCUCCCCCCAUCGGGCCAUCUGUCCUCCCAGCCACCCGCAUAGACGCAGUGGAGAUCGACCCAGCAGUCAUCACAGCAGCGACAUGCCACAUGGGCUUCCCUGUUUAUCGCCCCCACUCCCCCCUGCUGCCCUCUUUCCUCCCCCAGCCGCCCACAUAGAAGCAGUGGAGAUCGACCCAGCAGUCAUCACAGCAGCGACACGCCACAUGGGCUUCCCUAAGCAGUGGAGAUCGACCCAGCAGUCAUCACAGCAGCGACACGCCACAUGGGCUUCCCUGUUUAUCGCCCCCACUCCCCCCUGCUGCCCUCUUUCCUCCCCCAGCCGCCCACAUAGAAGCAGUGGAGAUCGACCCAGCAGUCAUCACAGCAGCGACACGCCACAUGGGCUUCCCUGUUUAUCGCCCCCACUCCCCCCUGCUGCCCUCUUUCCUCCCCCAGCCGCCCACAUAGAAGCAGUGGAGAUCGACCCAGCAAAGCAGUGGAGAUCGACCCAGCAGUCAUCACAGCAGCGACACGCCACAUGGGCUUCCCUGUUUAUCGCCCCCACUCCCCCCUGCUGCCCUCUUUCCUCCCCCAGCCGCCCACAUAGAAGCAGUGGAGAUCGACCCAGCAGUCAUCACAGCAGCGACACGCCACAUGGGCUUCCCUGUUUAUCGCCCCCACUCCCCCCUGCUGCCCUCUUUCCUCCCCCAGCCGCCCACAUAGAAGCAGUGGAGAUCGACCCAGCAGUCAUCACAGCAGCGACACGCCACAUGGGCUUCCCUGUUUAUCGCCCCCACUCCCCCCUGCUGCCCUCUUUCCUCCCCAGCCGCCCACAUAGACGCUAUGGAGAUCGACCCAGCAGUCAUCGCAGCAGCCUCUUGGCACUUGAGCUCUCUCCCUUCAUGCUUUCUUUCAUGCCUUCCCCCACUUUGCUCCCUCCACUCUCCCCACUUUCCCCAGCUGCCUGCAUAGAUGCAAUGGAGAUCGACCCAGCAGUCAUCGCAGCAGCCGCACGGCACAUGGGCUUCCCUACCUUAUCCUCUUCCCCCCCUCGCUUCCCCUCCUCCCCUCCACUCCCCCCCCCCCAGCUGCCAACAUAG